GCGCCGGCGAGCCGAGGCAAACCUGAAGGGCACCGCAAGGGUCUGCCUGGGUCCACUGAAAAUUUCUGUAGGAUAUUUUCAGCACCACUGCAAGCACACGCAUUGCGUGAAUCUCGCCUUGUCCGGGUCCACACAGCGACACCUCGACUCGCCCUUUUCUCGCGAAGACCGUCCCGUUCAACGCCUCGGCAAGUGGAUUUUGUAGAAUUAAUAAUGCCGAAGGUUUUGUCUUACAGGGCCGGAUCGGCAUGGUAGAGAUACGUAUGCCUGCAGCCAUGGGGUUUCCAGAAUGUUGUCAUGGUUCGGCAACGGAGGGAGCCCCUGAGCGACGAUAUGAAGCUCCCGCGCCCAGCCCGGACUCAUUUAUAUAUCGCCGCUCCCAAUCAUCUUGAGCUCAUGGCUCAUGUGUGCUAUUAUUAUCCCAGCCCAUCAAAACAACAUAUUUUUUAUCAUUCAAACAACUGGGCUGCUCUCCUCCAAUUCCACUUAGAUUCCCGUCCAGAUAACUACAGCAACCAGAACCAGCCAAGAUGAGACCCGACUUUGUGCCCAAGCAGUUCUAUCUGCUUGGCGAGGAUGUCUCCACAGCACGAGAGAUCAGCAUUCCCUCAGCAGUCGACGAGGAUGAACUCAGGCAACUGGUUGCAUCACAUUUUGCCAUUGUCGGCGCAAAAGGUAUCGGGUUCGUGAACGAUCGUGAGGCGUACUCAACGGUGGCGGACGUACUAGAUGCACAAGGCCCAGUCGCUAUUACUAUUGACGGGCGUGGGGUCCGUGAGGUCCAGGGGCCCAAGGGUCUGCCAUAUGUCGGCAACUAUUUUGAGAUUUACCCCGACCAUCUCGGAAACCACCAGCGGCUAUUCGAGAAAUAUGGCCCCAUCUUCAAGACCAACAACAUGGGUUCGACCACAUAUCUUACAAAUGAUCCCGCACUUGCAGGUAUCUUUUUCUCAGAGAACGAUUUUUUCACCAAGGAUAUCAUCCCAGGACACCCCCUCUACCCCAUCAAGAACAACGAGGCUGGUGUCUUCCUGGGUGACACGGACACGGAAGAAUGGAAAGUCGCACACAAGUUCUUGCCUCCAUUUUUUGGGCCAAAGGCAGUGCGUCAUUAUGCCCCGACCAUGAACCAGACUGUUGAGGAUGCGUUCAAGGUUUUCGACGAACUCGCAGAUCGCGAUGAGGCAUGGAACGUGUACUCUUACAUGCUGAAGCUCGGCUCACAGGCCGUCGGCAAGCUGAUCCUUGGCAUGGAUUUCAACCACUUCGCUUCGGUAGACGCGCCACCACACGAGAUGGUGAUCCUCAUGGCCACAUCCCUGGAGCUGAACAAGAAGAUCACAUCGAUGGGUAGCUGGUAUGCUCAUCUCCCAUUUGGCGACCCGAAGAAGUUAUACGAUGCGAAGGAGCGCAUGAGGGUCAUGAUCGAGGAGGUCAUUGCUGGUGCAUCGAGGGGGAUCGAGGACUUGGACCUGCAGGAGGCGGCGUUGAAGGCGAACAACAUGGUUGACUAUGUGUUGCGCGCCACCGACAACAAGGGCAACAAGCUCCCGACGAACCGUGUCCUGGAGCCACUGGUCGUCGCCACCGGCGCCGGCUUCACCACGACCAGCUCCCUCCUGUCCUGGCUUAUCUACGGCAUGGUCAACUACCCGGGCAUGCAGGAGCGCCUGCUGCAGGAGCUCGUGGACAACGACUUCACCGACGAGACGGAGGUGACGGCCGACCUGACGGCCAAGCUGCCCUUCCUCGACCACUUCAUCAAGGAGACGCAGCGGCGGCACAACCCGUCAUACCAGCCGGCACGCACGGCCAAGUGCGACCUCGUGCUGCCAGGCGGCUACAAGAUCCCCAAGGACUCCAUCGUGAUCCCGGCGCUGCACCACAUCCACAACAACCCAGCCAUCUGGGGCAAUCCGGCGAGCUUCGACCCGGACCGCUGGGACACCGAUCGCGUGCGCAACAAGCCCAACAACAGUUAUAUCCCCUUCGCCACGGGCCCCCGCGGCUGCAUCGGGUUCAACUUUGCGCUGCAGGAGGUGCGCAUCUUCCUGUGCAAGCUCGUGUGGCGCUACCAGUUCAGCCUCGCCACCGAGGGCGCCAUCGACUACGACCCCAUGUUCCAGCUCAUACGGCCCACGAACCUCUACGUGCGCGCUGAGAGGAGGGUGAAGUGGCCGCCGAGGACUGAGGCGUAAAUGGGCUGGCUGGCUGCCGCUGCCAGUGCUUCUUUAGCGAACGAGUUGGGUGAGGGUGGCAGGUGUCGGCCUGUGUCUGGCCCGGGAGCGCGGUGAGCAUGACUCGUUGCCUCCCAGGCGCGGUGGAGCUGACGAUGUGACGCCUGCGACGACCUGAGCGUCGCGGAGCCGCCACUGCGUUACCUCGGCAUUGGUGCAAGCUUCUCACCAGGAGUUUCUGAGGGCAUUUUCUUGUUUGUGCGUGGCGGGAAGCGGCGAAUUGGUGUUAUGGUUUCUCGGAGUUCAGGUUGGCGUUUUACUGGCGUCCUGAGUAUCGUGGGAUCCUUUUCUGCCCAAGCACUGGCAGUGUUCGGGGAGUGGGUCCAUAGACAAAACAGAUUCUCGCUCACAAUGCAAAACAAACAAAUCGAUCG